GGGUUUUUCCAAAUAAUCUUUCUCAGGACAUCAGCGGACUUUGGACACUGUUGGUUCAUCUGUCUACGUGUUCACUUGGACUUCUUUUGUUUCUUCAGAAUACACUCUACAUUUCUUCACCAUGUACAACAGCUCUCGCUCUGUCACCAAGUUGGACGUGGUUGGAUCCAACGGCAACGGAUCGGUUUCUGGGAGCCCUGGCCGAUCCCCUCGCCUCCCUCGCUCACCACUCCUUGGAAACAGACGAAACAGUGGCAGCAGCUCCACUGUUGGACUCAGUGGCUCUGGCAAAACCUUGUCAAUGGAGAAUAUUCAGUCUCUUAAUGCUGCGUAUGCUACAAGCGGGCCCAUGUACUUUAGCAACACGGCCGAAGACCCAGUCAGUCUUGGUAGCAGCAUGGGUAGCGGGCUGAACCCUUCAGUCCCAAAAAGCACCAUGACCCUGGGCAGGGCCGGGGCCAGGGUACCCUACGGGGUGCGAGCGGCCGUCAUGGGCAGCAGUCCGAAUAUACACACUGGAGGAGGAGGAGGGGGGAGCGGUGCACUGGUCAUGCCCAGUGAUGCAAUAGCAUUUGGUGGAGAAAUUCAAAGCCAGUCUCCUCAGGCGGCUACUGUGCCUCACUCCAUGAGACAGGUGAGGGAUGGUGCCAUGUCGGACCUGCAGACACAACUGAAAGAAGUGCUCAGAGAGAACGAGCUACUACGCAGAGAACUGGAGGCAAAAGAGUCCAAACUGAGCUCCUCUAUGAAUUCCAUUAAGACGUUUUGGAGUCCAGAGCUGAAGAAAGAGAGGGCGUUGCGAAAAGAUGAAGCCACGAAGAUGAGCGUCUGGAAGGAGCAGUACAGAGUUGUGCAGGACGAAGCCCAGCAUCUUCAGUGCACCAUCCAGGCUUUGCAAGAUGAGCUUAGAAUCCAACGCGAUCUCAACCAGCUGUUCCAGUCCGAUUACUCAGACUCAGCUCACCUUGGAAACCAGACCCUCUCCCCUCAGGAGAUGACGGAGGAGAACUUCCUGCGUCUCCACGGAGAGUACGAGCGUCAAGUCAAAGAGCUCUUCCUGCUGAGGAAGACUGUGGAAGAAAUGGAGCUGAGGAUAGACACGCAGAAACACACGCUAACUGCCAGGGAUGAAUCUAUUAAGAAGCUACUGGAAAUGUUGCAGAGUAAAGGGCUGUCAUCACGAGCGGCCGAGGAGGAUCACGAGCGGACGAGGCGGUUGGCCGACACAGAAAUGACCGUCCACCAACUGGAAGGACUUCUGGAACAAAAAGACAAGGAGAUGCUGCAGCUCAGAGAGGAGCUCCACAGGAGAUACGAAGCAGCUCCAGAAUCGACCAAGACCAAGGCCCUGCAGACAGUCAUCGAAAUGAAGGAUGCGAAGAUCAGCUCGCUGGAGCGCGGCAUGCGAGAGCUGGAAGAGGAGGUCAACAUGCUGAAGUCCAACGGAGCUCUGAGCAGCGAGGAGCGAGAGGAAGAGAUCAAACAGAUGGAGGUCUACAGAUCUCACUCCAAGUUCAUGAAGAACAAGGUUGAGCAACUGAAGGAAGAGCUAAAUCACAGCCAGUCAGAGAAGGAGGAUCUCAGGCAACGAGCCAGUGAGCUGCAGCUGGAGGUGUCUGCAAUGGAGCAGGUGAAGCAGGAGCUGAGUCGCAAGGACAGCGAGCUUUUGGCUUUCAGAACCAAACUGGACACUCUGAACAAUCAGUUCUCUGACAGUAAACAACAUGUGGACGUACUCAAAGAGUCGCUGACCGCCAAAGAACAGAGAGCAGCCAUACUGCAGACUGAGGUGGAUGCGCUGCGUCUCCGCCUAGAGGAAAAGGAAUCUCUCCUCUCUAAAAAGAGCCAACAGAUCUCAGAGCUAUCGGAGGAGAAAAGCACUCAGCACGGAGAGAUCACCGAUCUCAAAGACAUGCUGGACGUCAAGGAGCGCAAAGUUAGCGUGCUGCAGAAAAAGAUUGAGAACCUCCAGGAUCAGCUGAGGGACAAGGACAAGCAGCUGUCCGGUCUGAAAGACAGAGUCAAGUCUUUGCAGACAGACACUUCUAACACUGACACGGCACUGGGAACGCUGGAGGAGGCUCUGUCUGAGAAGGAGCGAAUCAUCGACCGGCUGAAGGAGCAGCGGGAGAAGGAGGAGAGGGAGAAGGGGGAGGAGAUGGAGUCCAGCAAGAAGGAGCUGAAGGAGCUGAAGGAGAAGGUUUCCCAGCUGCAGGCCGACCUGGCUGACCGCGAGACGUCUGUGUUGGAUCUGAAGGAGAAGGCAUCCUCUCUGGCUUCUGCAGCUCUGAAGAAGGACAAUAAACUGAAGAGUCUGGAGAUCAACCUAGAGCAGAAGAGAGAGGAGUGUGUCAAGCUGGAGAACCAGCUAAAGAAGGCCCAGAGUGCAGCGACGGAGACCCAGGCCAGCACCGAACUCUCAGAACGCAUCUCCUGCCUGGAGCAGGAGUUGAGCCAGCACAGAGAGGAUGCUGGGAAGGCCCAGACGGAGGUUGAAAGGCUGCUGGAGAUUCUGAGGGAGAUGGAGAAUGAAAAGAACGACAAGGAGAAGAAGAUCCAUGAGCUGGAGAGACAUCCUUCUGCCUCUCAUCUGUGGCGCUCGCAGCAGUCGCGAAAACAGGCCCCUCCCCCCGCUGCCUCGCAGCAGCCAAUGGGGGGGCUGGUGUGGGAGUACUUGGGCACUUUUGCCUCAAGGCAGAUGAAGGAUCAGUCGAAGAAGGUGGCAAACCUCAAACACAAGGAGCAGGUGGAGAAGAGCAGGAACGUCCAGCUGAUGGAGGAGGCCAAGAAGAGAGAGGACAACCUGAACGAGAGCUCCCAGCAGAUAAAGGAAACCCUCUGCCAGAAAGAGGACCGUAUAGAGGAACUGGAGGAGGCACUGAGGGAAAGUGUCCAGAUCACAGCAGAGAGGGAGGUGGUACUUGCCCAGGAGGAGCAGGCGCGCACACACGCUCAGAAACAGGUGGAGGACUUAAUGGUUGCCAUGGAGAAGGUGAAACAGGAACUGGAGGUGAUGAAAGCCAAGCUGUCAUCAACUCAGCUCUCACUGGCUGAGAAGGAAGGUCACCUGACCGCCCUGCGGGCUGAGAGGCGGAAACACCUGGAAGAGCUGCUGGAGAUGAAGCAAGAGGCUCUGCUGGCAGCCAUAAGUGAAAAAGACGCCAACAUCGCGCUGCUGGAGCUUUCCUCAUCCAAAAAGAAGAAAACCCAGGAGGAGGUGGCGGCUCUGAAGAGGGAAAAGGACAGUCUGGUCCAACAGCUCAAACAGCAGACUCAGAACCGUAUGAAACUGAUGGCAAACAACUACGAAGACGACCACCUGAAGGUCGCGUCUCCAAACUCUGAGCAGUCCAACAACCAAAAGCCCUCCCCAGACCAGAUUCUCCGUCCUCUCCUGGAUCUCAAUCAGAACCGCAGCAAGCUGAAGCUGUACAUCAGUCACCUGACCUCACUGUGUCAGGAGCGAGACCCUGUCAUACUGCAGGACUUUGCCCCGCCCCCUGCCUAUCACCGCACUGACUCCGCCUCCUGGCACACGCAGCUGCACAGCAUGACGCAGGAACAGUUGGAGGCGGAGUUAGAGCUAUGCGAGAGGGAAGGGGCGGAGCUACAGGAGUACGCCAAUCAGGUCCUGCAGCAGAUCGCCGACCGGUGCCCUGACAUUUUGGAACAAGUCGUCAAUGCUCUGGAAGACAGCUGCUGACACACAUACAUUUAACCCUCUGAGGUCUGGAGGCACUGGUGCAAGAAGACGGCCCUAAAACUCAGCACCAGCCAAGAGGAGUGCUGUUAUCUCCAUCAGAACUUUGUGAUGUCAUAAAGCAGUUCUGUAAAAUAGCAUAAAAGGAAACCUUGGCUCACAAUGUAAAAAAUAUAGGAAAAAACAAUGGCCACAAAAGGAAAAACUUCUUUCUAAAGCCAAGGAACGUUUCUCCGUAUAUUUUCUAUGGUCUCCAGUGCUGAUUGGUGGAGAUGAGCAAAGCCAUUAUCACUCGUUCCUACUUCGCUCCGGCCUACUGAGGAUGGUGCUGUGGCCUUGGGAUUUGGUCGACCGCCCACACAAGUAUGAUAGAAAUGAAAUGGUAUUGCCAUGUUGUAAUUUAACCAAAGUUCUCCUGCGUUUGAUGGCUCUUGGGGGCGUCUCCAAAUUUAGUGGUUUGUUUGAUGCGUAUAAUAUACAACUGGAGUUUGCUGAUAUAGGCAGGUGUACAUCACGUUUUAUGGACGCUAGAUCUUAUGGUAGAGCAUCACAUAUUGGUGUACGCUGAUGUUUUCAGUAGGAUGAAUUCCGCAGUGUGCCAACGACCUCAAAGGGUGAAACACUCACUCACUCACAAACAGGACCAAUCAUUGGAUAUACACACAAAAAUGGUGGCGUCAACCCUGUUUUCAAGAAAAAAAAAAUUCAACAUCAUUACUCAGCUUCCACCGCGUCUCGUGCCGACAUCAUUUUGGAUGAACUGUGGCGGCUGAAGGUUCUGUCAGGAACUUUGUUGCCCUGUAAAUGAAAUUUAAUUAGAAAUGUUUGACAUUAUUAUUAUUUUCUUUCCUGUUUUGGGUCCUUCGAGCCGGUCAGCAGUCGGGUGUCUAACUCGAUGCGGUUUGUGAGGGGAAAUCUUUCAGCGGUAGGAAGUGUAACAGUGAGCUGGUGUUGCCAGGUUGGUUGUGAUGGCAGUCAGACCUACCAGCUGUUGCCAUAUUAUGAUUUAAUUUGUUGAGAUCUAAAUUGUUGAUUUCAGCUGCCUUUGGUUUUUUGCAUCAUUUGCUGCUAAUUUUUUUAACUUUCGUUUCUUUCGCAGGUAUGUGAUGAAAUGUUGUGGCUUACUUUUUUCCUCCAGGAUUUUUUUAAGGUUGUAUAAAUUGUAAAGAGAGAAAUUUAACAGAAAUGCUUUUUUUUUUUUUUUUUUUUUUUUGCUUUCAUCUCUGGCACGACCGACAGGAAAUCUUGCAGCGUUCCCUUUAGUCAAACACUUCGGUGUAGAUAUAUAUUUUCUUUGUUUUUUUUUUUGUUUUGUUUUUUUACCUGAGAAAAUACUAUCAUUUGCAGAAUCCUUGUGACAAUCCCUUUAUAGUUCACGAGUUAACGUGUGAAUGUAAUCAUUUCCCCUUAUCAAAACUUUUUCUUUCAUGGCAAGGAGGGAAGAUAAAAUUCUGAUGUAUUUUUUGCUUUUGCUAAUGUGUGACACUAAUGUUUAACUGAAAUGCUGUUAUUCUUUAUGGUUUGUAAGCUUCAACGUGUUUGGAGCUUUGAUUCAAAAGUAACUAGUUGUUUUUUUUUUUUUUUUCAUAACCAAGAAGUGGUUCCAGGGAUGUUGCACUUUUACAAGGCUUUGUGUCCACUGGGAAAAUUUUUGACUUUCUGAAUGACAGCUUUGACUUUGACAUUGCUAACAGCCGUAGCAUGAUUUUAACAUUUGCAGUACCAAGCUCGAAAAGUUCACAUUAUUACAGCUGGCAGACUGUAUUGUUGCGUAUGGCUCUUGGGGUGGAGUUUGAGUUUAAGCACCUCCCAAAUAUUCUAUGCACACAUAAAUUAAGCGUUUUGUUUUUAUUUGUUUUUGUACUUCAACCAAUGAAUUGUUUUGAAACAUUUAACAAAAAACUAAAUGAAAGUUGCUUCACAAAAGAUUCACUUUUGAAACAUGAAAAACUGGAUGAAAUAAUGGGUUUAAAAAGAUUCACUGCUUCAAAAUGCUUGUGAGAACAAAUGAAACAAUUUUUUUUAUGAUUCUCCAUUUUAAAAACACUAAACAAAGCAAUUGUUUCAGAAAAUGAUUCAUUGUUUUGAAGUACUCAGAACACAGAAUGAACCACUUGUUUCAAAAAGAUUCAUGAAUCUUCACCCCAUCAUUGAUUAUUCUGUGUACCAGAAAAUGUGAACGAUCCACCUGCUGGACACACAGCCUGAAGAGGGAGAUUUACUCUGCACACUCUAAUCUGAUUUUGUACACAAAGUUAAUAUUAAACCUUUUGAGAACAGGUUAAAAAAAAUAUCCAUAUUUUGGCAUAAACGAGGAGCUUUGUUUCAAAAUUUUGCAUAGUCUCCAUUGGGAAAAAAAUGGCUACCUGUUGUUUUAUUUUUUAAGAUGUUUUAAAAAAUGUAACAAUUAUCCAGGAUUUCCUUUGAAUUUACUAAAAUCUGUGAUUCGUCUUAUUUUGAAAUUAAAUUCCACAUCCACCCACAUCCAGCAAUUAAAACUUUGGCUGCAGUGCUUUGAAAGCAAACAGCAAGCCUACAUUUAGACGGUGUAUAUCUUCAUAAAAUGAGUCUUUUGUGUCACUGUCAGGUUUGAGAUGAAGCAGCGAAUUGUUCCGUUGACACUGAUGAUGUUUACAGUGAUGAACGUGACCGUCCUCGACUUUGUUGUGGAGUGAAAAUCGAAAUGAGAGAAUGGAUUAAAAUAUGGAUUUAUCUUUUGUU